GCGGCGCUCCGCGGUCUCUACGCGCGGCCCCCAGGUGCUUCGGAGUUCAGUUCCUUUUGCUGUAGUCUAGUAGACCUCAAGGUGUACGCCAAGGGUUUACCCGUCCGCCGCUUCCCGCACAGCCGGUCCUGUUCCAGGGUCUUGGAUAUGGUCCUUCUUCAGUUCCUGGGCUUCCUCUCUGUCCUGUUUCUGUCAGGAAGAGGGGCAACAGGCACCCGGAGGACCACCAUGGACCCCAGCCUGGAGAUUUACAAGAAGAUGUUUGAGGUGAGGCGGCGGGAGCAGCUGUCAGCACUGAAGAACUUGGCACAGCUGAAUGAUAUCCACCAACAAUACAAGAUCCUUGAUGUCAUGCUCAAGGGGCUCUUUAAGGUGCUGGAGGACUCUCGGAUAGUGCUCCUUGCUGCUGAUGUGCUCCCAGAUGGACCAUUCCCCCAGGAUGAAAAGCUGAAGGAUGCUUUCUCUCAUGUGGUGGAGAACACGGCCUUCUUUGGGGAUGUGGUGCUACGCUUCCCAAGGAUUGUGCACCAUUACUUUGACCACAACUCCAACUGGAACCUCCUCAUCCGCUGGGGCAUCAGCUUCUGUAACCAGACAGGCAUCUUUGACCAGAGACCCCACUCACCCAUCCUCAGCCUGAUGGCCCAGGAGCUGGGGAUCAGUGAGAAAGACUCUGACUUCCAGAACCCAUUUAAAAUAGACCGCACAGAGUUCAUUCCCAGCACCGACCCUUUCCAGAAGGCUCUGAGAGAAGAAGAGAAACGCAGGAAGAAAGAGGAGAAGCGAAAAGAAAUCCGCAAAGGCCCGAGGAUUUCCCGGUCCCAUUCUGAGUUGUAGCCCUGGAGCAGCUCAGGGACCAAGGGGCCAGCAAGAGGCCCAGGUGGGAGGAAGGCGUACCAUGUGGCUCUGCUGUGGCAGCAUCCAACAUGGUGGUGAGCACUGGUCCCUUCCAGAUAGGGACACCACAUUUUCUGGGUCCUCAGGAGCCGGAGACUGAAGCUUAGGGCCUGGAUUUCCUUCCAGAGCUUGUCUGGAGGGGUCACUGAAGGGACCUUUAGAAGACACCAUGCUGCAGGCGGGACCCUACAGACUGCUAGGGGAGGAAGGAGGGCAUCCUCAACCCUCUUGAUGGGUUAGGGCCACUGGCUGGCUGCCACCGCCCUUUUGAAAAACAGCAGAACCAGGCUCUCAGUUACAGGUGAUGGUGCCAUGCCUACAGCUGGCCCCACUGUGUCACUGAGCUGCUCAGCAGCUCAGGUCCCAGCCUUUCUUCAGAAACGCAAUAAAAGCCAGCAAACCCAUUGGGCCCACCAAAGCUCAUGAGGGGCUGUAAGGGAAGCAGGAGCCUCAGGGAUGUCAAAAGAGCAGUUUAGAGGAUGUUCCUGGCUUAUCCAGAGGAGCCCAGGCCUUGGCUUGGAUCUCCUCUUCCCUCUCAGCACUGCCCUUGACCAGGGAUUGGCCUUGAGACAGCGCCUGGAAGUGUCCCAGCAGGGUGUUCAGUCAUCCAAGGAGACCUUUGAGCAAUGAGAUCUCUGCCCUUAGAUAGCUGGGGACAGUCACUGAGCAUGCAGUGAGCAGUUACCUCUGGGAAGGCAGGAAGACCCUUGACCUGUGCGUGCAGGCUGCAGGAGGUGUACUCUGCAUACUCUGUACGCUGCAAUGGCAGGGCUGCCCUGAGCCAGUUUGGCCAGGCAGUGAGCUCCUUGUUUCAGGAGCAAUUCAAGAGGAGUCCCCCAGCCCAGGGCAGAGAAGGUGCAGAAAGGGUUAAGGCCCAAGAGGGCAGCCUAGUUUCUGUGCCUCUGCCUUCACCCACCUUGAGAGGGUGGGUGCUCUUCAGUCCAGCCCUUCCUAAAUAGAGGAGGGAGGGGCAUCAGCAGGAAUUCUACCUCUAGAAUUGUCAAGCCAGGGUCUGCCUCUUAAAAAGACAGAGGCACACAACCAUCCUCGGUCCCCUCCACACUCAGCCUCCUGCCCUGCUAAUAGCCAAUGAAACUUGAGCCUGUCAAAGUCCCCAUCUCUUCCCUGUACCUGUAGCUUCAGUGGCAAAAUAACUUGAUGUCUGAACCCUCUGUCCAGCCCUAACCUGUUUUAUCAUGUGUGCCCCCACCCUUAGUACUGGGGACUGAACCCUGGGCCUUUGCCCUGAGCUACUUCUCCAUCCGUUUUUAUUUAUUUUUUAUUUUGAGACAGGGUCUCUUGCUAAGUUGCCCAAAUAGGCUUGAACUUGCAACCCUCCUGCCUCAGACUCCCAGAGUGCUGGGAUUACAGGUAUGCCUGACUACCCUGCUUUCCCUGCUGGCCAGAACAGGAAAGAGAAGCCAGGCCUCAGGGAGACCUCAUGGAAGGACCCAGAACAUCUUGCACCCUAUCAUUCACUUGGGAGAAGUAAGGGGAUGAGAAACAGCUGGAAGAGAACUGGGAGGAGGACUGUAGACAGUUUCCUGUCAGAACUGCCCACCAGGGCUGGGGAUUUAGCUCUGUGGUUCUGGUGCCUGCCUCGAAAGCACAAGGUCCCAAGUUCGAUCCCCAGUACCAAAAAAAACAAAACAGAACUGCCCACCAGCCACCUUGUUGUUGGACAAAGGAGGUGGUGCUGGGUGGUGGUAGGCUUCACUCAACAGACCUGGCCUCCAUGCCUGGGACGUGUGCCUUCAGCCACUUGCGUGAGAUUACAGGAGAUGGCCAUGCUUGUUUGUGAGCUAAAAGGCUAUGGAAAGGGAGGGAUCAGGACCCACCUAUCAGCUGUUUAGGCUGUCCUGGUGCUUGCAGGUGAGACUGGCCAGCAGCCCUGAGGCUCCUCCCUGGCCCCUUCUGGCUGGAGAGUGGUUGUGGCUGCUGACUUUGCAGGAAAGGUGUUUUCUCCCUAAAUGGAGAAAGAACUUUCUAAGAACCAUACCUACUUUGCUGUGGAGCAGGGUUUCUUUGGACCAGUGGGAGGCUAAAGGAUUCCUCAGGACAAGGCAGAGGGAGUUCCAGCUUCGGGUAGAGAUCUUACUAAGUGACUUCUAGGGACUCUGUCAUCAGCAGGACCUGCAGAGUGAUGAAGGAGGCUCUUCUCUUGCUCUUGUCACCACAACAGUCCCUUGUCACUCAGAUCCUUGGGUCCCCAUCUCAGAGUACUCAGGUGCUUGAGACAGUAAGAGCCUGUAGAAAAGCCCCUUGGCGUCAGAUGGUGCCUGGGAUGUAAAAGACUUCUCAGUGACAGGCGCCCUUCUCUGAUGGUUCUUUGUUCAUCCCAUAGAUUUGCUGAGUACCCACUGUAUGCAGGGCCUAAGAGAGGGGCUCAGUUUUGCCUGUCUUCAAGUGUUGGUGUCUUACUGAGCUUCGGGUCCAGGGCAGUGCCAUUCUUCUGUUUCUCCUGAUCCUUCAGUUUCGCUCAGGCUACCUGGCCAGGCACCAGGGCCUCUGGGCAAGUCUGCUGGGAGCCAGGGAACAGCUGCAGAGUGGGAAGCCCGGUGACCGGUUCCUUGGUGUCCUGGUUCUCAAGGUAGCCCCAGGUCUAGUGAGGGCACUUGAUCAAAAUGAUCUGUUUAGGGAUCCUGCCAGAGGGGCAGACAGACAGCAACCACCAGUGUGGGGAGCUCUGGCAGAGCCACUGAGAGCCAUAGAUGAUGGCACUGUCCAGCUCUGUGCUAGGUCUGGAGCAGGGCAGCUGAGUUCAGGUGUGAUUUCUUUCUUAGGGUAAACAACAAAGAGAGCAUUCUUGUUUGCUUUUUCCUCAAAGUAAGACAAUAUAUUUCUCAGUGGCAUACAUGUUCAUCAUAAAAUAAUUCAGACAAUAACAAAGUACCAGGAAGAAAGCACACUCUACCCCAUAUGCCACCAUUCCCAUGGGCACAACUGACAGCCAGCUGUUAGGCCUUCCUUAGUUUUGUCCACAUUGUGUAUCCGCAGACUAUACCACAGGAAAUUCCUUCCUUAUAAUUCUAGAUUUCAUUUUUAAAUGCCACUUCACAAGGUUUGAACUCAGGGUCUUGCACAUGCUAGGCAAACUCUCCACCACUGAGCUACACCUGCAGCCAGAGUCUUGACUUCACAUGAGGUCCCAUUACUUUUCCUUCUUAGGUACUCGAACUAUCAUCUGUUAUUUGUAUGUUGGUUUAUUGCUGCCCCCCACCCCGCUCUUAGAAGGCAAGAAUUGUUUACCUGCCACAGAUGUCCAAUAAAUAUUGUCAAACCAA